AGACAUACAGCUCGUGAGACAGGCAGCAAGUCCAGGGGAAAGAGGAAAGACUGAGUCUGAGAGCUUUGAGUUGAGGAUGGACAUGAGACCGAGAAGAGACGACAAACAAAAGAGACUGAAUAUCUGGGAAAAAAUGAAAACUCUUCUUGUCAAAUAAGGAAUUAACCUGUUCUCAGAGACUGAAAAAGGACAUUGAACUGGUUGUUUUCUUUUCCAGCUUUAAUUUUCCAGAAGGAUUGUUCUACGCUGAAGACCACAGAGAUAAAAGGAAAGGAUACGUUCUGAAAUCUGCCCUGAACAGUGAAUCUAAACGCACCUCUUCUACCUCAGCCUCAGGAUUAUGGUGGUGUUUGCUCUGUCUGAGGAUCUGAAGGAGGAUCAAAAUGCUGAAAUGUAAAGUUCAUAGUUAUCUCUGCUCCCUGUGGUUCACCUCACUGCUGCUGCUGGUCCAGGAUUGGAGCAGUGCAGCUCCCACAGAGGACCAGUCUGCCCCAUGUAGCAUCUCUGUAUCUGAACCAGAUUCCAGUCUGGACCCCAUAUCACUGACUGUUAACACACCUGGACGGGACUGCUCCUUCAUCGUGAUGUCUCUGGACACUGGAGCAGACUACGGCGAGUGUAGAAGAAGAAGAAAAGGAGACCAGGAGUUAGAGACUAAUGAGAUCGGAGGCCGGGAGCGAGGAGAGGAAGCGAUGGAGGAGAGGCGGGUGGAGGCGACUGGAGCUGACUCUCUGGGAAACAACCAGCUGGGAGGGGAGGAUGGCGGGAAUAAGGGCGUUCAAGAUGUUUUCACCUGUGUGUUGGAUCAGCUGGAGCCUGGGAUCGCCUACCAGCUGCAGGUCAAAUCCCAGACAGACGGGGAGACGGCAAACCUCACCUUGCACACCAGGCCGUCAGCGGUGAGCGGCCUGGCGGUGACCUCCAGGACCUGCUGCAGCCUGGGUCUUUCCUGGCAGGCCGGCCCCGGCAGGACGCAGCGCUUCAGGCUGCAGCUGUGGGAGCGAGCUCAGAGUCCGGAUCACUCAGGUCUGCUGAAGAACGAGACUUUAGAGAGCACGACAACACAGCACGCACUGGUCAACCUGACGCCGGGACGGCUGUACAACGUUACCGUGGUGACGGAGGCUGGAGAUCUGCAGAACAGCAGGAUGAUUGGAGCCCAGACAGUUCCCUCUCCCGUGACCAACCUCACCACCAGCUUUCGCAACAGCACAAGCUUGUUGCUGUCAUGGCAACGACCCGAGGGCGACCUGGACUCGCUCAUCGUCACCCUCUCAGCCAAUGGCACGAGCCACUGGGAGACGACGCUUCCUCCUGAAGCCACAGAGAUCGCCGUCGAUCAGCUGACUCCCGGCUCAACCUAUCAGGUCGUCGUUGUGUCAAAGAGUGGCGAGCUGACGAGCCAAUCAAACAUCACCGUCAGCACGGCUCCAUCAGCGGUGUCCCUCCUCUCCCUGUCUCCCUCCUCCUCCGGGGGACUCCUCCUGUCUUGGGUGCCCCCCCGUGGCCGCUGGGAGAAUUACAGUCUGUUCCUGUUUGACGGCUCCCAGACGUUAGUCAGUACCACAGUGGCCUGGGAUGCAGUGGAGUUUAUCUUCCCUGGGACAAGUCUAACGCCUGGAAAGAAGUAUAGAGCCGUGCUGAGGGUGGAGAGUGGAGGACUGACGGCUGAGAGCAGCUGUGACGGAGCAACAGCUCCCGCUCCGGUGGUGGAUCUCCACAUUCGACACUCGGACGAGACCUCGCUCAGUGCCAUGUGGAGCCACGCCCACUCCGGGUUACGUGACAGCUACUUCCUCACCAUUCGUCACGAUAAUAUCACCGUGGCUACCAGGGAGAUGGAGCCUAACAUGAGGGAGUGCACGUUAAAUGUCCUCACACCUGGGAGACAGUACACCAUCACUGUGACGACGAGGAGCGGGACACUGAACACGUCUGUGUCAGUGGAAGGAAGGACAGUUCCCAUGGCGUUGCACACCAUCAGUCUGAGCAGCUCAGGAGUCAACAGCCUCCAGGCAUCAUGGGAAAAACCAGAAGGGGACGUGGACUCAUACAUACUGACCCUGCUGCAAGACAGUGUUGUGGUUCAGAACCUCAGCGUUCCACUGGGUUCUUCCUCUCUGCUGCUGACUGGUUUAACACCCGGCGCCCUCUACAGGCUGCAGACUGCCACUGUCAGUGGGUGGCUGCAGUCUAAAACCACUAGUCUGGAGGCUUACACAGCCCCAGCAUCCGUCUCUGAGGUGACCGUUUCUAACGGCGGCAGGUCCGAUGCUCUGCAGGUGUUGUGGCGUCCGGCGGUGGGCGUGGUGGACAGUUACCUGGUUCGUCUUCAGGACGGGACUGGAAUCGUCCACACGCUCGCCGUGUCGCACUCCUCGCUACCUGAGUGCUCCUUCAGCUCGUUGGUCGCCGGUCGGCUAUACACGGUUGUCAUAGUAACGAGGAGCGGCGAGCUGGAGAACUCAACCACGGUUCAAGCACGAACACAACCUGCCGCUGUGGAGAACCCAACAGCUGUUCACUCUGCCAGAGAUGACUUCCUCAAGGUGUACUGGCGCCACGCGGCUGGAGAUCUGGACCGUUACGUGGUUCUGAUCCGUUACAACCACAGUGUCCUGCAGAACAAGAGCGUCUCCGCCAGCAACAACGAGUGCGUCUUCUCGUCUCUGACGCCGGGGAGACUCUACACCGUCACCGUGGAAACCUGGAGCGGAGGCUACGUCAGCAGCGCCUCUACCGACGGACGCACCUUUCCAGCAGCUGUGGGAAAUUUGUCGUUAGGUAACGUAGGAACAGGUGAUCUGACUGUCACCUGGAGCCCCGCCCCUGGAGAUGUGGACCAUUAUGAGGUCACUCUGCUCUUCAACGACACUCGGGUUUUCCCUCCAGUCACGCUGGGCAGCGAGGUGCAGCGUCACCGGCUGACCUCUCUGACCCCCGGCCGUCUUUAUAAGAUCGUGGUGUCGACGUUCAGCGGGCCGAACCAGAGAGCCCAGUUCAUUGAGGGACGGACGGUUCCCAGUUCAGUAGGGAACCUGCACAUGGCUCCUCGACCUGGUCUGAAGGACUCUGUUGGUGGACUCUUGGUCACCUGGACACCUGGAGACGGAGACCUGGACACUUACAUUGUCUCCUUGUUAUCCACGGACGGGGUCAUCCUCGAGACUCGUCCCGUCCCUAAACACGUCUCCUCCCUGGACUUUCUGGAUCUGGUCCCAGGCCGCACAUAUACCAUCACCGUCCAAUCACUGAGCGGGAAGCUGACCAAUUCCAGUACAGCCAGCGGUAGGACAGCUCCAGCCAGUGUCACCGCGCUGCAGGCGGAUAACGACCACACCACCCACAGCCUCACCGUCAGCUGGGAGAGACCGGUGGGUGUUUACGACAGCUACAGUCUGCAGUUACUGGACGAGGCCGGCGUCAUCGUGGCCAAUCGCUCGGUGUCUGUGGAGAGUCAGAGCGAACGGCUGGAGGGCCUGACCUCAGGGAAGCGUUAUCGUGUGAGGGUGGUGACGCUGAGCGGUGGAGUCCCGUCACUGGAGGCCACAGCAGAGGGGCAAACACGUCCGGCCGCAGUCAGCAACCUAACGCUCACUUCAACCAACACCUCCUCUCUCUCCUUCACCUGGCGUCCCUCAGACGGCCACGUGGAAAUCUAUGACCUGUCCCUCUACAGUGUCCCUGAGGCAACAGCCAAUCACCAGGCUGUAGGUGAGCUGGUGGACCUGCAGAAAGUCAGUUCCAAUGCACACAGCUGUGUCUUUUCUGACCUGAGAGCAGGAAGUUUGUACAGGCUGCAGGUGGUGAGCUGGAGCAGAGGCAUGAGCAGCGACUCCUCUGUGCUCGCCAGGACGGUCCCGUCUCCAGUUUCGUCUCUUCAGGCUCAGAGUUCAGGACGGACGGACAGACUGACGGUCAGCUGGCAACAUGGAGAGGGAAGCUGGAGCAGCUAUCAGGUGGCGUUAUACGAUGUUUCUGGAGCCGCUCUGGCAGCUCAGAUGCUGGGGGCGCAGCACAGGAGUCACACGUUCCAAGGACUGGUCCCUGGUAGGCUGUACCGUGCUGAGGUCAUCACGCACAGCGGGGAGCUGACCAAUAACAUCUCAGCUUUGGGACGCACCUCUCCAGAGCCACCCACCCAGCUGCAUGUCAAACAAGGCCCAACCAAUGAGAUGAGAGAGAUGUCCUGGUCUGGUCCCACCUCCGGGGACUACGAUAACUUCAGCCUUCAGUGGACUCCUCCUGAUCAGCUGUUAGUCACACAGACCAACCUGACUGGGUGCAUUGUGGGCGGGAUGUUUCCAGGGCGACUGUAUAACUUCACCGUGACGACCAUCAGCGGGGGCGGGUCUGGAGGUGGGCCCACAGUCAGGAGUCAGCCAAUCCAGGGGAGCGUCAGGACAAGUCCGUCUCCUCUGAAGUCCAUCCACUGCUUCCCCCUCUCGCCCUCCUCCCUCUCCUGCUCCUGGUCUCCUCCCGUCUCUGACUUUGACUCCUACGAGGUCGAGUGUCGCCGCCAUGACAAUGGGGAGCUGGCCUCCGCGCUGAGGCUGGUUGGGGGCGUCACUACGGUAACACUGGAGCACCUGGAUGCAUACAGGAAGUACUCUGUGACGGUCAGAGUGUUGUCGGCCGGAGAGACAAGUCCACCAGCAACACACACCACUGUCACCAUGAUAGACCGUCCUCCGGUCCCGCCCCCCAGUGUUCGUGUCAGUGAGAGGUCAUCGAAGGUCAAAUCGUCCUCCAUCUUGUUUCGCUUCAACUGCUCCUGGUUCAGCGACGCUAACGGAGCCAUCCGAUACUUCACCGUGAUCGUGGCCGAGUCUGACGCCAAUGAGCUCCUGCAGCCGGAGCAGCGCCACCCUCUGCCCUCCUACCGUGACUACAUCAGCAACUCCUCCGUCAGAGCCUAUCAGACCGCGUACUUCCCCAGCCGCUGUCCACGGGAUACAGAGACCUCUGCUGGACAGGUGGUGGAGGUGAACCUCGGGGAAGGAGGAGACCGACUGGGUGGGACCUGUGACCAUUACCAUGACGACGAUCUCUACCUGAGGGACAGCUAUGGUGACUUCUGUGAUGGGCCACUGAAAGCCAAAACUUCCUACAGGCUGAGUGUUCGAGCUUUCACCAAACUGUUUGAUGAAAACCACAAUGAGGUUCCUCAGCCGCUCUUCACUGACACUUACCUGUCGGCUCCGCUCAGGACACAGGCAGAGCCUCUAGGUGGCGUCGUGGAGGGUUUGAGUGCUGGGAUGUUUCUGAUCGGUAUGAUGGUGGCCGUCGUCUCUCUGCUGGUUUACAGACAGAGGCUACGCAAAGUGGCGGUGCAGGAGAACCCGGUGGUGAGGAUGAGUAUGUGGAAAGAGGUUCCAGCUUCAGGCAUAUACAUGGGCGUCAGGAGUAACCGACGGGUCACCAGUCCAAUCAAAGCCUGUCACUUUGAGUCCCAUCUGACCAAGCUGCAGGCCGACUCCAACUACCUGCUGUCUGAGGAGUUUGAGGAUCUGAAGGAUGUGGGACGCAACCAGACCAUGGACGUCGCCCGGCUGCCUGAAAACCGAGGAAAGAACCGUUACAACAACAUCCUGCCAUAUGAUUCUACCCGAGUGAAGCUGUCCUACCUGGAGGACGACCCCUGCUCCGACUACAUCAACGCCAGCUACAUGCCUGGUAAUAACUACCGCAGGGAGUACAUCGCCACCCAGGGCCCUCUGCCCGGCACCAAGGAUGAUUUCUGGCGGAUGGUGUGGGAGCACGGCGUCCACAACGUGGUCAUGGUGACGCAGUGUGUGGAGAAAGGACGAGUGAAGUGUGAUCAGUACUGGCCUGCGGACAGAGAGCCUCUGUACUACGGGGACCUGGUCAUUCAGAUGCUGUCGGAGUCCGUCCUGCCGGAGUGGACCAUCAGAGAGUUCAGGAUCACCUCGGAGAGCAGCUGCAGUUACCCUCGCGUCCUGCGUCACUUCCACUACACUGUGUGGCCCGAUCAUGGAGUCCCAGAGAGCACCCAGUCCCUGAUCCAGUUUGUCAGGACGGUCCGGGACUACGUGGACCGAUCACCAAGCACCGGCGCCACGGUCGUACACUGCAGUGCUGGUGUUGGACGCACAGGGACGUUCAUCGCGUUGGACCGGGUUCUGCAGCAGCUGGACUCUAAAGCAACCAUCGACAUGUACGGCUGCGUGUUCGACCUGCGCCUGCACCGCCAGCACAUGGUCCAGACCGAGUGUCAGUAUGCCUUCCUGCACCAGUGUGUACGGGACGUCCUGAGAGCCAGAAAGCAUCGCAGUGAACAGGAGAACCCUCUCUACCCCAUCUAUGAAAACUUCAACCCUGAGUACUGCCGCGAUUUCAUGUACACCGGGCGCUAAAAACACAACCACAUCCAUCUGAUGGAGCGAGGAAACAUCUGUUAACCCACCCGGACGUUAUUCACCUGAAGGAGCUGCACAUCGGACAAACCAGGGAAAAUCUGCCAUGUAUGAAACACAAAUGAUGUGAUGCUGGUCAACGUUUUACCUGUUAAACUGAUUUUUUAUUGUAUCACUGCGUCUUAAAGCCAACAGAACUACAGCAAAUAAACUGAAGCUUCAAACAGCAGGUGACUCCAGAGCUGAGAGCUAACGGAGAACCUGUUUUAAUUACAGGAACUCUACGUGUUUGUCAGGAUCACAGGGAACUUUGUUUAUUAGCUACAGUUUUUUUUGUUGUUCUUUUUUUUUUUUUUUUUUAACCUGUUUUGACUUUUCAAAAUCACGUCUCAACAAAAUUCUGAUUGAUCUCAGGUCGUUGGUUUUAAAGUGAUUAAUAAAAACAUCUGUAAUCUGACGUUAGCUCACUGAGCUGUGCUUAAUAUAAACUGAUCACAGGGAAGGAGAGAGCCAUUUUUUAUACCCUCUGAUAUUACUGUAUGUUCUGACUCACUGCUCCAUAUAAGCUGUUUAUUUAAAAGUUACACAUAUUGCUGUAUGUAAAUAUUGGUGUAAUACUCUUUUUUUAUACAAUAAUAAAUAUAUACAGUAUGUUGACUAUUUCCAUGCUGGGUAAUAUUUAGAUAUUUUCAGUAGCUGCGAGGUCUCAUAUCCUGCUGUCGUCAUAGUCUUUAAAAUGCUUUGCUAAUUAACUGGAGUUCAGGCGUAGACUUACUUGGAUAAAAAUAUUUAUAUAAUGUGACAUUCUGACAAAUUAAAUCAGAUUUUGAUUUUAAUUUUUUUUUUUUUUUUUUUUAAAUGUUAUUUUAAAAGUUCAUAUUUGAAAUCCAGACAGUAUUAAAUCUCUGCUCUUUGUGUUUGACUUCUGGACAAGAUGUGUUUUAUUCAUUCAUUUUUUUAAAGGACAUAAUGAUUAUUGGUUUUAAAUUUCUGAAUAUAGGGUUAUUAUUAUUUUUUUUUAAUCAUUAUUAUGUUAAUGAUUCCAGGCAUAUUGUUCUUCUAAAAUUAGAUAUUAAAAUUUUGAUGACUUUUUUCUGAUGUUCACACCAGUUUGAUUAUUUUAUGUUGACUGAAGCCAUAUCACCAAGCACUAAGAGAAUGUAUGAAGCAGUUUUUCUAACUUGCUCAGAUCAUUUGAACUGAUAAUUAA